CCUCCCCUAUCACCACAAAUGGUUGAGCCCGCAGGGCCAGUUCCUUGCCUCGGCCUCAGGGGCUGCACGUGGGCUGUGCGGUUGUCUGCAGGAGGCCAGGUCAGGAUGCCCCCCAAAAAGCGGAAGAGGAAGGCAGAGGCCGCUGGACCUGCUGCUGUGGAAAGAGCGGACAGUGGUGCAGCGGAGAAGGAGAUGCCCAAGAAGCUGAAGUCACAGGAAGGACUGGGCUCUCUUCGUGUGACCAUUGAGCAUUGCAAAAGCUGACGGGUUUUUGGCCGCAAUGCUGAUGCUGUUAGUGAGGCAUUGCAACAGGCCUUUUCUGAGAUCGUGGUGGAAAUUAAUCCUGAGAAGCCCCGCAGGAACACCUUUGAGAUUGUUCUUGAAGAGGAUGGCACCAAGGUAGAGUUAUGGAGCGGCCUCCAGAAGGGUCCACCGCGAAAGCUGAAGUUCCCAGAACCAAGCAAGGUAGUUGAGGUCCUGAAGGGCAACCUGGACUAAAGCCAGGAAAGACUUGCUGAUGCAUAAGCUGUGGAUCCACACAUCCUCUGUGAGUUGGAGCAUUCAUGAUGGGAUAUGAUCAAGUGGAGCAAAUCCAGUCACAUCUCUGAAGCUAUUGCCCUCCUCCACAGAAAAAUGGACCCAUGUUGCCCCCACUUCCCUUGAAAAUAUGUUUGCUUUUUUACUGUUUAGAAUUCGCAAAGUGUAAGCCUUGUUUUCCAAUAAAGCUUGAACAUCUGUCA